CAAUAUUCUAUACAGUGGGUUUACAACAGCAUUGAAAGUGCACAGGAAGAUCUUCAGAAAACAAACACCAAGCCCUCUGGAGAUGACGGAGGAGAUGCCUUUGACUGCAAAGUGGAAGAGGUAAUUGACAAGUUUAACACCAUGGCAAUAAUCGAUGGGAAGAAAGAUCAUGUGAGUCUCACUGUAGACAAUGUUCAUCUGGAGUAUGGAGUGGUUUACGAGUAUGACAGCACGGCUGGAAUAAAAUGUCACGUGUUAGAAAAAAUGAUUGAACCAAAGGGAUUUUUCAGCUUGACUGCAAAGAUUCUUGAAGCACUGGCAAAAAGCGAUGAACAUUUUGCGCAGAAUUGCAACAGCCUCAGUUCCUUAAAUGAAGUGAUCCCCACUGAGCUUCAAAGUAAAUUCAGUGUUAUUUGCAGUGAGAAAAUUGAGCACAUCUACCGAAGAAUCUCUAGUUAUAAAAAGUUUUCAAGAGUAUUAAAAAACAGAGCUUGGCCUACCUUCAAACAAGCGAAGUCAAAGAUUUCACCACUUCACAGCAGUGAUUUCUGUCCAACCAAUUGCCAUAUCAAUGUGAUGGAAGUGUCUUACCCUAAAACCUCAACUUCCCUUGGUAGUGCCUUUGGUGUACAGUUAGACAGCAGAAAACAUUCUUCCCAUGAGAAAGAAAAUAAAAACACUGAUCAAGGUAAACUGAAUCCCAUGAUUUAUGUCCAACACACCAUUACUACUAUGGCUGCCCCUUCAGGACAGUCUCUUGGACAGCAGGAGGGCCAUGGUCUGAGGUACCUCUUAAAAGAAGAAGACUUAGAAACACAAGAUGUCUAUCAAAAAUUGCUGUUCAAAUUACAGGCUGCACUGAAAGAGGUGGAAACAUGUGUCUUUCAAAUAGAUGACCUUCUUUCUUCAAUAACAUAUUCUCCCAAAUCAGAACGUAAAACGCCUGAGCCUUUAGUGCCAGCAGACAGUGACAAUGAAAAGGGGGAAAGGAAUGGGAAGAAAGUCUGUUUCAGUGUAACAGGUGAUGAACAAGAAGAUUCUGGUCAUGAUACCAUCAGCAACAGAGAUUCUUACAGUGAUUGCAACAGCAACAGGAACUCCAUUGCCUCAUUCACCAGCAUCUGUAGCAGUCAGUGCAGUUCUUAUUUUCACAGUGAUGAGAUGGACUCAGGCGAUGAGCUUCCCAUAAGUGUUCGAAUCUCUCAUGAUAAGCAGGACAAGCUCCAUAGCUGUUUGGAGCAUCUUUUUGGUCAAGUCGAUUCAAUUGUCAACCUUCUGAAAGGACCAGCUGUGAUGAGGGCCUUUGAGCAGACAAAAUACUUCACACCAGGUCGAGGCCUCCAAGAGUUUCAGCAGGAAAUGGAACCGAAGCUUAACUGUCCAAAGAGGCUACGUCUCCACAUUAAGCAAGACCCUUGGAACCUGCCCAGCAGCGUCCGGAGUCUUGCCCAGAAUAUCAGAAAAUUUGUUGAAGAGGUGAAGGCACGAAUACUCUUGGCACUUCUUGAGUAUACAGACAGCGAGAUACAACUGAGGCGAGACAUGGUCUUCUGUCAGAGCCUAGUGGCCACAGUCUGUGCUUUUUCAGAGCAACUAAUGGUAGCCUUAAACCAGAUGUUUGACAACAACAAAGAAUAUGAAAUGGAGACACUGGAGGCCAGUAGAAGGUGGUUGGAGCAGAUAGCCAGUGCGGGUCUUCUCCUUCAUUUCCAGUCCCUGCUGUCGCCUAACCUGGCUGAUGAGCAAGCCAUGCUAGAAGAUACAUUGGUUGCACUGUUUGACUUGGAAAAAGUUACUUUUUACUUCAGACAGUCAGAGCCAGAACCACUAGUUGCGAACGUACCAAUCACAUACCAAGCAGAAGGAAGCCGGCAGACGCUGAAGGUUUACUUCUACCUUGACACUUACCAUUUUGAACAGCUUCCUCAAAGGCUGAAGAAUGGAGGGGGAUUUAAAAUCCAUCCAGUACUUUUUUCACAAG